CAUCAACUACGAAUAUUUAUUAUGGUAAUAAUUUAGAGAUGCAUAUUUUUUGCGAUGCGUCUACCAAAGCAAUGUGUGCAGUUGCUUAUUGGCGCUGGAUUUACAAUAAUAAAAUAUGCAUCGCCUUUAUAGCAAGUAAGUGCAGAGUCUUACCCGUGAAACCUUUGUUGACUGUACCUCGUGCAGAGUUACAGUCCGCUCUUUUGGCAGCGAGACUUGCGGACAGUCUACAAAAGGACCACAGGUUAGUGGUACAGCGCCGCUAUUUUUGGAGCGAUUCCACCACAUUCCUUCACUGGGUUAAGAAUGACGCGCGCAAUUAUAAGACAUUCGUAGCAAACCGGUUGGGCGCUAUUGAUGAGCUCACGCGUAGUAAUGAAUGGCGGUACGUACCUACUAAAUUGAACGUUGCGGAUAUUGCAACGCGCGAGACUUAUGACGACAGUCUCUUCCAAAACGAGUGGUUAAAGGGCCCUUCGUUCUUGAGAAGCGACGAGUCCUCCUGGCCGCUUAAUAUUGUCGGCCCUGCAGCUGGUGAACCUGAAAGGUCAGAAAUUAUAAAUAUAAUUAAUGACUUAUCUGCUACAUACUUACCUGUAUUUAAUCCGGAGCGCUUUUCUUCGUGGUUGCGGCUAUUGAGGAGCACAUAUCAUGUGUUAGUAUUCGUGCAUAAAUGUCGAAAGCAGACUUACGAUGACUCUGAGUUGAUGCGGCGAGCCGAGCUGCUCCUGGUGCGACAGGUACAAGAAGAGUGCUUUGGCGCGGAGUUAGCUGCGAUUAGAAAAGGUAUGAGUCUUGAAAGAAAUAGCCGAAUACUUACCUGGUCACCUUACCUGGAUGAUUGUGGAGUCCUACGCUGCGGCGGCCGUAUUAGUGCCGCACAGGGUGUCAAUGCUGAUACAAAAUACCCGAUCAUUUUGGAUGGGCGGCACCAUGUGACGCGAUUGCUCGUUAAGCAUUAUCACGUAAGGGCUGCGCACGAUUACCAGGAAACCGUGGUUAACAAUCUUAAGGAAAAAUAUGCAAUCACGAGGAUAAGACCAACGGUUAAACAUGUAGCUACUAGAUGUAUGUAUUGUAAAAUACGUAAGGCGCAACCACAUGUACCUGUAAUGGGUGAGUUACCUCCAGGUCGAAUGGCACAUCACCAGAGGCCAUUCACACACUGCGGCCUCGACUUGUUCGGCCCAAUGGAGGUGGUGGUCGGCAGAGGACGCCAAAAGAGGUAUGGGGUCAUUUUUACCUGCCUCACUGUAAGGGCGAUCCAUUUGGAGAUCGUACAUUCUCUCACCACCGACUCUCUCAUUAUGGCGUUACGGCGUAUGGCGGCGCGUCGAGGAUGGCCAGACUGUUUCUACUCGGAUAACGGUACCAACCUACGGGGCGCUGAUACCGAGUUGAAACGCUCUGUGCAGGAACUCGACAACAAAGCUGUCAAUGACUUUGCAUUGACCAACGGUUCGAGUUGGAAGUUUAUACCUCCCGCAAGUCCCCAUUGGGGUGGGGCAUGGGAGCGACUCAUACGCAGCGUUAAGAAAAGCCUUAGCGUUGUCCUUAAAGAGCGGGCACCGAAGGAUGAAGUUCUUAGCACUCUUAUGGCGGAGGUUGAGAAUAUUGUGAACAGCCGCCCGCUAACCCACGUCUCCGUGGAACCAGGUAGCGACGGCGCUCUGACGCCGAACCACUUCCUUCUCUACUCUUCUCCUAAUACCCCCGCUUUGGGUGCCUUUGACGAUUCCGACUUAUUCCUUCGGAAGCACUGGCGGAAGAGUCAAAGGCUAGCCGAUAUGUAUUGGCAGAGGUGGGUAAAGGAAUACUUACCGGAGCUACUCCCUAGAAGGAAAUGGAACAAUGAGCAAACUCCACUCAAAGUAGGAGACUUAGUUUUAGUUGUAGAUCCGGGAGCACCACGCAAUGUGUGGCCGAAGGCAGUCGUCCAGCAGGUAUUUCCAGGUAGAGACGGUCGGAUCAGACUGGUCGAAGUAAAAACUAAAUCUGGCGUCUUUAAACGGCCUGCGGCGCGCGUCGCUAGAAUCCCUUUGGUUAAUGAGUGCUGAGCCAGCACUGGGGUGGGGCGUGUUAGCGACGUGCUCAAAAUGGGUUUUUUCUCUUUAUUUUAAUUUGUUUUAAUAUGGUGGUACUCUCAUAAUCUGUACAAUGUUAGUUUUAAGCUGAAAUUUGAAGGUACAUAUAUAUAUACGUGUGACGCAGCGACAAGGUUCCAACGGUUUUGUUUUUUGACCACGCGUCAGUCGGCUUGUCUAUCCGCGCGCGACACACGUACAUAUCGCUCUCAUAUAAAAUUCACGUGGUGUCUGUAACUUUUAGAAAUUAAACUGUUUUUCGUAAUCCGUA